ACAGCUGUUGGGAGUUGUGAGUCUUGUGACUACUUGAGAGUGUUACUGUUAGUCUAUUGACAAAAAGGAAAACCGAGUGAGGGAUCACUCCAGAAAUCCAUCACCAACCAAAAAUCCCACAGUUUAAAUGGCGAUUCGCAAGCUUGCAGUUAUAAUCAACAGCAAUUCCAAUGAGGAUGAGUAUCUCCUUGUGAAACAAACUCCACCACCAAAAUUUGGCGAAGAAGAAUACGAUUCUUACAUCGAUUCUGAUCUAUGGGACUUACCUUCUACUACAUUAAAUCCCUUGGUAGGAGGAGUAUCUCACAAGUCUGAAUUUUACAUAGAAAAUGCAGAAUCUUGUUCUUCCAAGUUGAAUUUGAAGAUAUUGGAUGUUGAAUCGGCUCUCAAACAGGUUCUAUCAGAAGUGGGUUUUCAUGGAAGAGGAGAAAUUUGUGAAAAAUGGGUGUUUCAGAAAUAUGAUGAAGAGGCUGAAUUUGGUCCUGGACCUCCUACUCAAACAAUUUUCAUUUUUGGGAAGUUGGGGGCUGAAAUUGAGAUGAUACCAAAUGUUUCUAAAUGGGUGUCUAUCCAGAGUUGCAGAAAUUUGUUAUUGGAAGUGAACCCUAAUAGUGAUCGUGUUGGACCUUUGGCGGCUGUUGGGCUUCUAAAUGAUCAUCUGCAUUGUGGAAGGUGCAAAGUCCCUUCUCCUUUGCGUUACCAGGAGUACCCUCCAGGUGUCACACUUGUGCCAAUGAAAAGCAAAACUCAAAAGCCGUUCCUUACAACAAACUUAGUAGUAAUUGCACCUGAUAAUGUGACUGGUAGCCGUGGAGGUUCAGAUUUUUCGGUGUAUGGAGAUGCACUGAUAAUGGACCCAGGGUGCCAUUUUGAGGGUCAUACAGAGCUUAUGGAAAUUGUCGCCUCUUUGCCACGGAAGUUGGUGGUUUUUGUUACUCAUCACCACUACGAUCAUGUUGAAGGUCUCUCGGUUAUUCAAAAGUGCAAUCCAGAUGCUACUCUUCUAGCACAUGAGAACACCAUGCGUCAUAUUGGAAAAGAUCAUUGGUCUCUUGGUUAUACAGCAAUAUCAGGAGCUGAAGCGAUUUGCAUUGGUGGUGAACGGUUAAAUGUCAUUUUUGCUCCGGGGCAUACAGAUGGUCAUAUGGCUUUGCUUCAUGUUAGAACGAACUCAUUGAUUGUGGGGGAUCAUUGUGUCGGUCAAGGAAGUGCGAUCCUGGAUAUUCAAUCUGGUGGAAACAUGAAGGAUUACUUUGAAACAACUUACAAGUUCUUGGAGCUCUCACCUCACGCUUUAAUCCCAAUGCACGGGAAAGUCAACCUCUGGCCAAAGCACAUGCUUUGUGGAUAUCUCAAGAACAGAAGAAACAGGGAAUUGUCCAUUUUGAAAGCCAUGGAAGAUGGAGCGGAGACAUUGUUUGACAUAGUCGCGAAGGUAUAUUCUGAUGUUGAUCCCAGUUACUGGAUUCCUGCUUCAUCAAAUGUGCGGAUUCACGUCGAGCAUUUGGCUCAACAAGAUAAGUUACCAAAGGGCUUCUUAGAAAGCUUCAGUCACAGUUGCCAUGCAUUUACUGAUAAACUGCGUAUUCAUCGUGAAACUCUAACGAGGAGAGUCGCUCUCUAGUAACCCAGUCUUUUUUGGUCGCUUGGUGUCCCCACGUUUGUAGGAUUUUUCUGUGGAGAAAUUCCAGUCAACUUGCCGCCUUCAUUUUCUACAACGGUGGAUAUGGGUAUUCUUGAAAAAUGGCGCUUCUUUCCAAUAUCAGAAGCUUGGCAAAGUUAAACUCUUUUUUGCCGCUGCUGUGGCAGGGUUUGCUAUGUUGUAUGCUGUCAAACGUAAGAUAGUGACCAAAUAAUCCAUGUACUUUUCUGUUAGCGUAAUAUGGAGGAGUUUCUUUAUAAGGGUGUGUAUCUGUAGGGAAAAUGUUGGGUUGUGUCAUGCAUGUGUGCAGAGAGUGCCAGAGAGGAAAAACUAUACUGUAGAUUAAUAAAUAAUGGUAACAAUCGGAAGUUUCCGAGGGAGUAAAUAAAGAAAAGUAAUCAUCUCA